GGAUUAUAAACAUAAACCUUGAAAUCCAUGAACUGUUCAUUCAAAUUGGAUCCUACGUUUCCCAUCUUUUAAUACUCAUCCUUCACAUUGUCUACAUCAACGCCUCAAGUUUCUACUUGAAGAGUAAAAGCAGAUAUCUCAUUUCUCUCAAAAUCCAACGGGUUAUAUAAGGACUAAUCUUAAACUAUUUAGAUUUUCAUUGACCACUGGAUUCAAAACUUGCCUAACCCUACGACACCAAUAUCGUUUUCAAGGAACAACUCGACACCCCCACCCAGCGAGCCGUCAACGAUUUUUACACUUGCCGCUGAUAAACUAACCAAAGAGUCCCUACGAGCAAUGACGGGUGCCGUUAGCUCCACUCACCCAGAGUCGACUUUAUCGCGGACAAUGUCCAGCAAGUCAAAAUCAUCUGGGUAUAUCAAGGGAACCUACACCCACCCAAUAUAUCGAGGCUUCAAUUUGGCCAUGAAUAAGAUUUAUCUAUCGUACUUGGGCAAGCCACCUCCAGCGUACAUCACUACGAGUAAAGAUGAAAUUUUUCAAUCGACCGAAACCAAGCCUCCUAAGAAAAUGGAAAGAAGAAGACGAGAAUACCCGGAGCUAAUCUCGGGUGUGGACGCUGAAGACGUUGUCGAAGCUGAGUAUAGACUUUGGUUCCGCAAGACCUUUAUUCCUAAAGUAGAUGAAGUCAACCCACGAUCUAAUAUCCAAGCCCCUGGCAACAGAGUAACCAUUCAGGAUUAUCAUCAAGUAGCACCAGUUCGUGUUCCCAAAAUGCCAAUCUCUACGCCAAAGCCAGACAGUGUAUUCGGCUACAAAAAGAGCCAAAUGCCAACUGCUCUACUCCCUGCUCAUGCCAAGUUGUUGAAAGACGGGCUUUACCUUGCCAACGGUUUACUUUGGCCAUAUUUCGUACACGUGUAUAAGGGCCAUAAGGAGUCAUUGUACCUUGCGGAAAACCAGCUAUGUGGCAGUAUGGCAUAUGGAAUUUGGUUGGGAUAUAAUUUAGGGGAAGCUACAGGAGAAAACGUCACAGUCACGAGUCACGAUUUUGCAUCGAUCGGUGUCAUGUUUAGUUUAACCUCUGACCUGGGCAUAGCCAAGCUUUACGUUGGAUGGAAGGAUGAAUCCGACGCCAUACAAAUCAGAUGGUUGCGAUCGUACCUAAACGAUACUCCGGAAUCCAUCAACGAACUCCGCGAAACCAUCGAUAGAAUCCAUAAAUGGGGCAAAAAACGCCGACAAGCCAUUGUAAUGGCGUUAGAUAACCAUAGAGAAUUACCAUUGCCGAUCAAAACUAUCGAACAAAACGAUACAUAGCAAUACCGAAACGGAGCAACAGUGGACGAAAAUGCUGCAGGCACAUCAACAAGUACUGUACACCAUAAUUGUAAAUCUUCCGUGAGAAAGUAUCUACCUAGGUAGGUAUCGUAAUGUUAAGGGUUAUUUCAGUGAGUUUAGACCACAAAUUCAAUUAUACAUAUAGCUUUUUAGCCAAUCAGAUCAUGUAGAUUGGCUAAAAGGGUUCCAAUUCUAUUAGAACUAUACUUGGCACGGGCCAGCGCUAUGUGGCUAGAGUGGGCGCAGC